CCGCACACAUCCUGUGUAAACCCCUCGGUGCCGACACCCAGCCGGAUCUGAUCUGCUGACGUGUCGGCUCCUGCCUGCAGCUCCACAGCGCUCCUAUACGCUCCAGCAGCAAAAGUCGAGCCAGUCCAACGAGAACCCGCCAGCAUGGCAGCAAAACGCUUUUAUCGACAGGGCUUGUUGUUGCUUUUAUUUAAUUUUAUUUCAACCGCGGCCUUGGAAAAAAGGUUCUCCGACUUUAAAAGAUGCGCCGACCAGGAGUGCAGCAUGCUUCUCUGUCGGGGAAAAGCUAUCAGAGAUUUCUCUGGGCCGGACUGUCGUUUCCUGAAGGUCAAAAAAUCAGAAACUAUCUACGUUUACUACAAACUGUCAGGCAGAAGGACGGACGUAUGGGCCGGAAGUGUUGGAAGUAACUUUGGCUAUUUUCCAAACGACCUUCUUGCAGUUAACCACCUUUACACUGACAAAGAAAUUGAAGUACCAUCAGAGGAAACAGAUUUUGUUUGUUUCGACACUGGAUUUGAUAAGUUUGACAAUUACGACAUAGAUUUCCUGUUAGGCUCGACCCUUGUGGAGAAUGAUGGCGAAAAUAACUUAACAUCCGAGCACAUUCGAUCGUCUGAGGGUGAGCAGGAAGAAACGGAGCCAUCAGCAGACGAGCCGACUGACAGUGAAAAUCAAACUGAGCAUCAUGAUAACUCCGAUGAUCAAAGUGCCUCUUUCCUUGAACUUGAGGUGGCAACUGAAUCUCCAUCUCCAGAAGAAGUGCAGUCUGCAGCAGCAGCAGCAGCUACACUUGGUGCUACUGAAAGAGCUGAAGGAGAAAACGCAGGAGUUUCCAUUACUGAAAAUGGGUCAGAAGGGAGUGAAACCAAAGAAACAACCACAAACUCUCAGGUAGAAUCUGUGCCCGAAGGAGAUUUCGCGUUCGAAAACGAACCAGUCACGAUUUCUGAAAGCGUGCAAAUCCCAAAGUUAAAAACAACCCUGGGAACGACGUUUGACGCCGUCGUAACCGAAGAAGAAAUCACCAAGAAUGUCACUCCGUACAAAGAGGAGGAGGGUGAAAACGUGGAGAAUGUUCAAAAAGAAGAGUUGGCUGUUAUUGCAGAAACGCCAUUGCUGUCUUUUUCUGAAGACACCGCAAACGCUCCAGCACCUCCUCCCCCUACUGCUGGGGACAAACCAGAGGCUGCAGAGGAGACCAACGUGUGGACCUCCAUUGGAGAUGCUGUUUUUUCAGUCGUCUCCGGGGGAGAGAGGACAGAAAAGGGGUCGAGUUCAGAGGAGGAGGACGACGACGAGGAGGACGAGGUGGAAGCAGCUGCUUCAACAACCCCUCAGAUCUUUGAGGAAGAAAGUAAAGCCGUAGAGCAAAAGCAAGUACCGAUAGAAUCGUCAAAAGAGCCUGAGAAGAUGGAGCCGGCCUUGUUUGAUCACAACGACGAGAGCGACGUCGGAGUGAUCGGACCUGAAGACGAUGCGAUAGAGCGUCACGUAGAAGCAACUACUAUAUCAGCGGCUCCGGUGUCACAAGAGGCUCAAAACACUGAUGUUAAAACAACAGAUGAACCCAUUGAGCACGACGCAAAAGAAGUGGAGGAGGAAAUGGAGGAAGUGUCCAGCGAGUCGGAGGUUAAUGAUGAUAAUGACGGUAGCGUUGUGAUGGAGCCUGGGGAGGAUUUGGACAAUAAAUCGGACAAAAUCAAAACGGAGACAAAUUUAGAAAUAGCUAGAACGGAAACGGAGGAAGAUCGACUCGCCGAGGAGAGCAAGUCAGAGAAUCUAGUUGUGGAAGAUGAUGCAAAGACGGUAGAUGACCACCUACCGAUUCGUAUAAGUGACCACUUGGUGACCGAUGUAGAGAGUAAUAAUAACGGUCAGCCAGAAUUAUCUGUGGAGGGACCGGAGAUUCUCGAGGAACACAUUACGGACGAGGGGAAAGGCGAAGAGGAGGAGGAGGAGGAGGAGCUACAGAAAGAGGAGGAGAAAGAAGAUUUACUUGAAGACGAAAAUGCACUUUCUCUCUCGCAAUCUGACCACGACGACUCCGAAGCCUCACCUGAAACGGCUCCGCCCGCUGGGACGACGCCAGAGCCGGAGUACAGCGACAGCGUGAUGAGACUGACUCUGCUCCGAGACCACUUCACAGAGGAGAGCAUGGCGAAGCUCCAAAGGCUUCUGGGCCUCAGUAAUCUCUUCAGAGUGGAGGCCAUGUUCUCCGACCUGGACACGGAGUUUCAGGCUUCCCGCCGCUCAGACGCGGGUGACAUUGAAAGUGCGCUCGACAUCAUCCUGGAGGCCUCGGAACCCGCCAUCAUGGACGAGAUCGAGAAGAUGCUGGACAGCCGGAGCUCGAAACUGAAUAUUGACCAACAUGCAGAAAGUGCAGAAAGAGGCGGCCCGGACGAGGAGACUCAACUGCUGGACGGCUUCCAGGAGUUCGCAUUCGGCCUCCGACAGAAGUAUUCUGCAGCCAACGACCGCGCGCCUUUGGUAGACAAAGCCUCAGAAACACACCACGACGAACCCACAAUGCAAGUAAAAGAAGACACGCCGCACACUGUUGAAGAAGACGACGACAAGGUUGACCGUGUCCCCGAAGCGGAGAGCGACGACAACGUCACAGUAACAGACGGUGAGGAAAUACCGGCGGAGACUGAAGGAGACCAGGCGGUUUUGGACGAGGCACGAAGUGGACCGGAUGUCGGUGCGGAGGUGGAGGAGGACGGCGGACACUUUAGUGAAAACAUAGACGAUCAGCCGAGCUUCAGUGCUUCAGAUGAGGUGCACGAGGUCCCUCAAGCAAACCCGGAAAAUCCCAUAUACGUGGCCCAUGGUGUCGAGGUCGAGCCCUCGCCCUCAGGUUCUUUGGACUCCAUGGAGCUGGUGUCUGAAAUUCACGAUGACGAAAUUGGAUUAUUUUCAACUGCAGUGGUUUUCAUGGGCUGCAUCUUUUCGAUGAUCAGGAGCAAAAUGGCAGAGUGGACCAUUGAGGUGAUCUCCUUGCUGCCAGAGGAGUGGAAGCCAGGCGAGACCCUGUUCGGUUGUCCUUGGCAAUCCGUGCUCGUCACUGCUCUGAUUGGAGUCGUGACCUUCACCCUCUUCUUCUGGAGGACCGUGUUAGCGGUAAAGAAGAGAGAAUAUCUCGUGGAUGAAAAAAGGCUAGCAGAGCAAAUCGCGGCCCUCAAAAAGGAGAAAAUCGACGCUCUUGCCAAAAUGUCUGAACUUCAGAAACAGACUGAACAAAUGAAAGAAAAUCAAAAACAGUCCACGGAAACAGUUAGUUGUACAAUGAAGAGGAUGCGAGACCUGGAGAGUAAAGUUUUGGAGGCCAAAACCCUGAAUGAACAGAUUGCUGAGGAAAAAAACAAUUACUCAAAACUCCUCAAAGACGAGAGGGCGAACUCUCUGCGAAAUAGCAGCAGGAUUGAGAAAUUGGAGAAGUCAAACGAGAAGCUUCAGCUCGGCAGGAAAAAGAUCCAAGAGGCUCUCGCCAAGACGGCCGUUCUCCUGGACGAGGCAAAGAUCCGCGAAGAUGCCCGAAAAGUCCAGCAAAAAAGUCUCGAGAAAGAUUAUUCAGCACUAAAAGAAGAAAAUAAAACGCUUAAGGCCGCCACGAAGAGCUGGGAGGACAAACACAAGGAGCUGAGCGAGCAGAUUAAAGUCUUUAAAAAGUCCCAGAAAGAGCUGGAGGACUCGGUGGUGCUCAAAGAUCACAACGUGGAGGUGCUGUCUGAACUUCUGGCUGACCUGGACGCUUGUGAUCUGCAAAAAAGUGACGUCAAAGUUUUAGCCAAUGGCGAAGUAGCUCCUGACAAGAGAUCCGCCAUAAAGAACCGGAUCAAACAAAUGAUGGAUGUAUCUCGGGUCCAGACCACUCUCACCGUGGUGGAGGAGGAGCGCGAUCGCUUCAUGACCAAACUGCUGACCGAAGAGAAGACCAGGAAGUCCCUGGAAGAGCAACACAAGGAGCUGGAGCACGCGAUCGCAGCCCUGAAGAGCGACAAGAGCCACGUCGAAAACCAGCUGAAGAUCCUGCAGCAGAAAAACGAGAUUAUGGUUGAAAUGUAUCAGCAAAAGGAAAACGCUUUGCAACAGAGAUUAACGAAGGAAGAGCUGGAGCGACGCAGCAAGGAGAGUCAGCUGUCUGAGGUGGGAGGAAAAGCUGUGGAGGCCGAGGAGCAGGUCAAAGUGUUAAGGCAACGCAUUAACGAAAUGGAGGGGCAGAUGAAGAAGACGGAGGAAGUCUAUAAAGAGCAGAUAAAAGAACAGGAAAACAAAACUCACUCAAACUGGGUUAAUGCUCGUAAUGCAGAGCGAGCUCUGAACCAAGAGAAGCUUGAGGCGUCAAAGCUCCGCGAAAAACUGGCUGUACUUACCUCCCAGCUCAAUGAGCGCCGCGCUCCCCUCUUCAGACCAAACUCCGGACAGCCUGCAGGCCCCCGCCAAGGUGACUCGUACGGGCCCUCUCCCGUCAGUGGGGGUGCCCCAUCCCCUCCGAUAAUGAUAGAGGGUCCCAGGCGCCCCCCUUCUGCCCCGGUGGGGCGAAGAAUUGACCCGUAUGGUCCGCGACCUCCAUCCGACCCACACGGCCGUUAUCUUGAGAGCAAACACAUCCCUGGCAUGGACAUGAUGGGCCCCCGAAGCUCGUCCCCUGCCAACAUGGAUGUAUCGGCAGUAGAGCCACAGAUAAACGCAGAGACACAGGCCGAGGCCCCCACAGACAGUCCAGAGCCAGGACCUGGAUCCUUCCUUGCGUCUCCGAUCAGGGACUCGCCGGGCCCCAUGGGCCAAGGACCCCCCCUCGGCCCCGGACCCCAUGAGCCGUUCCUCCCUCCUGGCCCGCACGGCCGCCUGCCCCCUCCUGGACCUUACAGACCCCGGCCGGGCCUCUACCCCCUCCCACCAGGUCCUCACGGUCCUCUUCCUCCAAACGUAGCUCCUCGUCUCGGGCCUCCGCUGCCACCUAAUGGACACCCAGGCAUGCCGCAGCCUGGACCAAUGGGAGGGCAGUAUGGACCUCGCCCCGCCAACGGACACGCAUUCCACCCCAGGCCGGCCCCCACACAUGUCCUCGACCCUCGGGGUCCGUCACCGCCACACUUCCGUCCCCCGAUGCCUCACCACUUCGGGCCGAUGCCUCUGCAACAUGGCGUCCGCGGACCUAUGGGACCCCGUCCACCCGUCCCCCAUGACAUCCGCUACCCAGGACCACGUGACCACAACAGCCCGCCGAUGAACCUGCCUCCAGGCGUCCCUCCCCAGGCCCACGGGGAGGCAUACGGUCACGGCCCACCCGACGCCCUCCAGAACUCGCACGGCGGCCCCAGACAGGACCCGCAUGUGAAGCAGGAGGCCCCUCAGGACUCGGCGAUGGUCAAGCCUUAAAGAUGUCACCGGCUAUGGCAGAGGACUUGAAUUUACCCCCCCCCCCCCGAUCCAGCCCAUCUACCACCCAGAACAAAGGUCAUGAUUAUUUUCAUAUUUCAGUAUGAAUAAAAAUUGCAAAGAUCUUUAUACAAAAAAAAAAUCCAUGAAUUAAAGCAUCAAUAAUCAAUGUGUAAAGAGGGUUCCCACUUUUCUAAACCGCUUAUUGUGCAAUAAUAAUUGAAUGAGUAUUUUCGUUUUUUUGUUGAUCUUUUUAAAAAGUUUAUAGCAAUUAUUUUCAAGGGACAAUUUUUAAAAUGUCAUUUCCUGUGGAAAUUAUUUUUAAAAAAGGUUUAGCUUCAAGCAUUUCAGGAAUUCAUAAUUUCCCAAAGCACAUGUGUAAUUUGAUGGCCAGAUGUAUAACUUAUUUUACUAUGUUGGUAGAACUUUUAAUAAUAAAGAAUGUAAAAGCUG